CCGAGGCAGCAUUUCCACGUCUCAAGAAAUAGAGCAGCAACUCUAGUUUCUUCGCACCACCAUGCCGAACCCGAUCAUCGUCGUCGCCUACGGCCUCCUCCUGCUCCUCCCCCUGCGCAAUCCCACCUGUCGUGCCGCGACGGACACCAUCUCAGCUGGGCAGGUACUCGCCGGCAAGGACACGCUCGUCUCCAGCAACGGCAAGUUCGCACUGGGCUUCUUCCAACCGAACAGUAAGUCCUCGCGCCAUGCUUCCAACUGGUACCUGGGCGUAUGGUUCAACACAGUCCCAAAGUUCACUCCGGCGUGGGUGGCCAACGGAGAUAAGCCUGUCACUUUGCCGGAGCUCGCAAUCUCCGGCGACGGAAACCUAGUCAUCAUAGACCAGAGCACCAAGUCCAUCAUCUGGUCUACCCAGGCCAACACCACAGCAAACAGCACUAGAGCCAUGCUACUGAAAACCGGUAACCUCGUCCUGCAAAGCACCUCAAACUCUUCCCAUGUCUUGUGGCAAAGCUUUGACUACCCGACGGAUACUCAUCUCGCCGGCGCAAAGCUUGGCCGAGACAAGGUCACCGGCCUGAACCGCCGUCUUGUCUCCAGAAAGAACAUGAUAGACCCUGCUCCUGGGAUGUAUGUUUAUGAGUUGCACGAGAAGAACGGUUCUGCCUGGUUCAGUCUUGCAGCACUCAACUCGUCCAUACCAUACUGGUCGAGUGGAGAAUGGAACGGGCACUACUUUGGUUCUAUACCAGAGAUGUCAGGCCGCCAGUUGAUUGACUUUACGUUCGUCAACAACGAACAAGAGGUGUACUUCACUUAUACCUUGCUGGAUGACGCGACCAUCAUGCGUUUUGCGCUGAAUAACUCUGGUCAAGUCAAGAUACUCUUGUGGGUUGAGCGUGCACAGGAUUGGGUACCAGCCCACACCAAUCCCAACGACCAUUGUGAUGUGUAUGGCAUCUGUGGGCCUUUCACAAUCUGCGACGAGGACAAGCUUCCUUACUGCAGCUGUAUGGAGGGCUUCUCCAUAAGAUCGCCUGAUGACUGGGAGCUAGAAGAUCGAACAGGCGGCUGCAUGAGAAAUGCCCAAUUAGAUUGCAGAAUCAACGACAACACAAGUAUGCAAGACAGGUUCUACUCCCUGCCAUGUGUCGGUUUGCCCGACAAUGGCCGCAAGAUAGGAGAUGCUACAAAUGUAGCUGGAUGUGCACAAGUUUGUCUGCGCAACUGCAAUUGCACUGCGUAUUCCUAUGGUUACAACGGAUGUUUUGUUUGGGAUGAUGAAUUAACCAAUGUGAAACAGCAACGAUGUGGUGAUAUUGGUAACAAUAAGCAAGCUACUCUUUACCUCCGCCUUGCCGACAAAGAGGUGAAAAGGUUGGGAAGGAACAGGCGACGGAUAAUCAUUGGCAGUGCCGUUGGUGCAAGUGUUGCUCUAUUUGGUUUGUUGUCACUCUUCUUUCUACUGAUGACUAGGAGGAUGUGUGCUCACAGGAUGAAAAACCUUCAAGGUGAUGGUGGCAUUAUCAUGUUCAGGUAUGCUGAUUUGCAACGUGCAACAAAAAACUUCUCUGAGAAGCUAGGGACAGGUGGUUUUGGUUCUGUAUUCAAGGGGGUUCUAAAUGACUCGUCUGCAAUAGCAGUUAAAAGGCUUGAUGGUGCUCGUCAAGGCGAGAAGCAAUUCAGAGCUGAAGUGAGAUCAAUUGGGACCAUUCAGCAUAUCAAUUUAGUUAAACUAAUUGGUUUCUGUACCGAGGGUGAUAGGAGGCUGAUUGUCUAUGAACACAUGCAAAAUCGUUCUCUUGAUGCCCAUUUAUUUCAUAGUAAUGCUACAGGCUUAAAAUGGAGCAUCAGGUAUCAAAUUGCUAUCGGAGUUGCUAGAGGACUGGCCUACUUGCAUGAUAGUUGCAGGGAUUGUAUUAUACAUUGUGAUAUUAAGCCAGAGAACAUACUCCUCGAUGCAUCAUUUGCUCCAAAGAUCGCAGACUUUGGGAUGGCAAAGUUUCUUGGAAGGGACUUUAGUCGAGUUCUCACUACAAUGAGAGGAACUAUAGGAUAUCUUGCACCUGAAUGGCUUAGUGGAACUCUUAUUACAGCAAAAGUCGAUGUAUACAGCUAUGGCAUGGUUCUGUUGGAAAUUGUAUCAGGAAAGAGGAACUCAGGUACACAGUGUACAACCGAUGACGAUGAUGUCUAUUUCCCUGUGCAAGUCGUAAAUAAACUACUGCAGGGGGGUGCGGGAAGUUUGAUGGACAGCAAUCUGCACGAUGAUGUCCAUUUGGACCAGGUGGAAAGAGCUUUGAAGGUUGCGUGUUGGUGUAUUCAAGAUCAUGAGUUUGAUCGACCCACAAUGGGUGAAGUAGUUCAAUAUCUUGAAGGUUUUCUUGAAGUCAACAUACCCCCAAUGCCAAGACUACUUGAAGCUAUUGCAGGGAGUGCACACUCGAAAUCCGAUUGGUACCUGGACCAAGCUUCACAAGAGGGGGGACUGAAAGAUGAUGGAGGCAGUGCGCCACACCAUGCAGCUCACCCAUGACAUGAACAUAGGUUGCUGCAGUCAUGGAGCAGAGUUUCCCUUCAGUGAUUGUCUAAACCAUGGCAUGAAAUACCAGUGGCGCUAUUAGCAUUUCUGAAACUAAAUGAACUGAGAUAAGGUACACUGUGUUUUUCAGGAUAUAUUGUUGUACUCUCAUCAAAGGUCGAUGGCACUCUUUAAGAUUGGAGGUGUGCAUAGAAGCACAAGUAUUUUUUAAAUAAAUUAUUGGUUGGUUGUCCACGUGAUCUUGUAAAAAAUGGGUGCAAGCACAGAUAUAGUAUAAUUUGGCUA